GGUGUGUUUGCAUUGUGUCAGAACUGCCGGCGAGCUUUAAAUAUUUCCUAGCCUUCCAACCGCGGAAAUGUCGGGCAGGUCGGUACGAGCCGAGACCCGGAGCAGGGCGAAAGAUGACAUCAAGCGGGUUAUGGCCGCGAUUGAGAAAGUACGGAAAUGGGAGAAGAAAUGGGUGACAGUUGGAGACACGUCCCUGAGGAUCUUCAAGUGGGUUCCAGUGACUGAGCCCAAAACAGCAGAUGAAAAGAAGAAGGGGAAGGAUGAGAAGAAUGGGUCAGAAUUGACCACACCAGAGAACAGCUCUUCUCCUGAGAUGAUGGACAUGAAUGACGAUAACAGUAACCAGAGUUCUAUCGCUGACUCCUCCCCCGUCAAACAGGAAACCAGCAGCAGCACUAGCCCAGCCCCCGAACCCACCACCGUAUCCUACGGCGACAACAGUGAGGCCAAGAGCGACCAGAGCCCUGACUGCAACAGGGUGAAGAGCAACCCAUCAGAGAGAGGACAGAGGGACAAGAGAGACAGCAGCCAGACUUCCUCGGGAGAAAAGGACACCUCAGACAGCCGCAAAGCCACUCAGGAUCCGGAGGAAGAGGCUCCUCGCAGUAAGAAGAACAAGCAGGAGUCUCCAUCUCAGGACUACAAGGAGAAAUAGUCACACUGCAUCCUUUCUUCUCUCUAUCCUCUUCCUCCCCCACGUAGCCCCUAACACUCCUCUGAGCAGAGGGAGAAAGGACUUUACCUCCCUUCACUGAGCCCCUCUUCUCUUCUUCCACACUCAGUAAUGCCACGAGUAGCUCUAUGAUCCAGCCUGUUAUCCCCUCCAUGGCCAGGGGUGGCGCUGUGUGCUCAGCUCAGUCCAGAAGAGAAAAACACUACGGCGUCUCAAAAUGGACAAACUGCUAUUGACACUUUUUCUCGUUUUUUAAGCGAAGGUCUUUUAAGGGAGCAAGCACACUCGUUCGGUUUGGCUAGCCGAGUAUGGCUAAGCGCCAGCCGAACUGAAGCAUGCUGACGCCUUAAGGGCAUCUUCUAGCCCAGGAGCCACGUCAAACCUCCCCCAAACUCACCUCUGGUUGAUACAGUGUUUGUUUAGGACAGUUACCGGUUGUUACGUUUAGUUUUGGGGUUGUUUUUUUAGCUCAGGAGGGUCAAUGCACUGCUAAGAUAUAAUGCCACACAAACACCACACCGUGGUUUUACUGUAUAUAUAUAUAUAUUCAGUGGCUUGCGAAAAUAUUCACCCCCUUGGCAUUUUUCCUAUUUUGUUGCCUUACAACCUGGAAUUAAAAUAGAUUUUUGGAGGGUUUGUAUUAGAGGUCGACUAAAUAUGAUUUUUCUACGCCGACACCGAUUAUUGGAGGACCAAAAAAAGCCGAUACCGAUUAAUCGGUCAAUUUAAAAAAAUAUAUUUUUAUUUAUUUGUAUUAAUGACAACUACAACAAUACUGAAUGAACACUUAUUUUAACUUAAUAUAAUACAU